UACUACAGAUGAAGAUGAGAUACAAGGGAAAGGAAGUGACGAGCGUGAAGAAUAAUUAGUUUUCAGGCGGGCUUCCAAGGGGAAACUGUCUCAGGGCCCGAGACAAAAUUCGGAGGGGGAGCGGUUACCAAGGGGCCGAUUAAAAGCCGUGAUGACCUAGACACAGGACGGCAAGAAGGCCACCUUUCGGUGAGCUUGGAGAAAGGAGCCCUGGGACGCAAAGCCGAGCAGGGGGAGAGUUAGCAGUGGAAAAGCCGCUUUGGAGCGAGCCGCUCAAAAUACACUCACCUGGUCCACGUCGUCCGCCAUGUUUCAAACCCUGCGCUCUUUCCUGCCUCUCGCGAGAGUAUGCGAGCAGCGAGCCGCGAGCCGCUCGUGUGUCCCCGCCUUCCCGGCCACUGUCUCCGGAAAUGCGAAAUAAAAUGAGCCGGAAGUAGGGGGAAAUUCGCCCUGCGCCUUCUUGCUCCGUACAGACUGCAUUGGUCAUUUGAGGCUGGGGCGGAGCUUCAUCGGCGUCGACUUGGCCUAUAAGGAAACGGCUGGCCUCGCCUCGCCCCUUUGGAAGCGGAGCUUGAGCUCGCGUUCCCGGGGCUUGGUGCGUCAGUUUCCAGAGGAGUCUUGCCCGGGCAAGAUGGCUCGGAAGCGUGCGGCCGGGAGGGAGCCUCAGGGACGUGAACCGUGCGGCCGGAAGGCCAAGGGCAAAAGCACGGCCCGGCGUGAGGAGAAGGAGGCGGAUGUCUUGGAAGAUGAGAAACCUCUAAAGAGGAGCCUUCUCUCAAAAGUUUCACGAGAAACGAGGAAGAGAGGUUGCGGUGAUCCCGGGGGCCCUGCAAACAGUCCAGCCAGAAAGAAAGCGGCCAAGGUGACUGUUAAAUCGGAAAAUGCCGAGGUGAAGGAUGAAGCCCUCAGCGAUGGGGAGGACCUCAGGGACUUUGCAAGCACCCCCAAGAAGGCACCCCAUCCAAGGAAAGAGGCUGCUGUGGACAAAGGCGGCUGUGAAGGAGACGAUGAGGAAGAAAGUGAAGAUGACUGGGAAGAGGUUGAAGAGUUAUCGUUGAUAGAACUUAGUGAGCCUGUGCCAGGUGACGUGGGAGAAAACGCAGUCUUCUCUAAAUCUGUCCUGCCCAUGAAGCCAGUGGAGAUAGAGAUUGAAACACCCCAGCAGGCAAAGGCAAGAGAAAGAAGUGAAAGGAUAAAAAUGGAGUUUGAGACGUACCUUCGGAGGAUGAUGAACCGUUUCAGUAAAGAAGUCCACGAGGACACACACAAGGUUCACCUGUUGUGCCUGCUGGCAAACGGUUUCUAUCGCAGUAGCAUCUGCAGCCAGCCAGAUCUGCUUGCUGUCGGCCUGUCCAUCGUCCCAGCUCGCUUUACCAAAGUGCCGCCUCAAGAUGUGGACAUCUGCUUCCUGUCAAACCUGGUGAAAUGGUUCAUUGGAACUUUUACAGUUAAUGCAGACCUUUCAACCAAUGAGCAAGACGGCCUACAGACCACGCUGGAAAGGAGAUUCGCUAUUUAUUCUGCACGGGAUGAUGAAGAGUUGGUCCAUAUAUUUUUACUGAUUCUCCGGGCCCUGCAGCUCUCCACCCGACUGGUAUUGUCUCUGCAGCCGAUUCCCCUGAAGUUACCUACAGCAAAGGGAAAGAAAGCUUCCAAGGAGAAGUCUACAGAGGGUCCUGGAGGCUCCUUGGAACCUUCAAGCCCAGAUCCGGAAAACCAAGCCAGACCCAAGAGCAGCAAGGGGACCAGACGAGAGAGCACACCUUCUGCAGGCAGUGGCAGUCCAAGCGCCCUAGGGAGGAGGAGGAAGGCAGCUGCGGUUGGGAAGAAACGGAGUGUGCCCUCCUCCAGUGAGGAAGAAGAGUGGAAGGCGGGGGGGCAGGAGGAGGGCCCCCGGGGACGUCGGCAGGCCCCGGAGCGGCAGGCGGCCUCCAGGGUGUCAUAUAAAGAGAGUGGGAGUGAGAAGGGCAGCAGUGGCUCUGACUUUGAGCUCUCCGGUGGGGAAGUCCAUCAUUCAUCUGAUGAGGAUUCUGAACCUGGCCGUCCCAGGCACAGGAGGGCCCGGGUCCCCCAGAGGAAAACGUCAGGGUCCAAGAGUGACUCCAGGCCCCAACAUGGAAGGCACCCUAAGCGCUCUGGCCUUCCAGCAGCGUCCACGAGCUCUUCGAGCAGUAAGAGCAAGCGAGGCAAGGAACUCCCCAGUGAUGGUGAGGGGGCCCAAAGGGGGAAAACGGCUGGCAUCGACCAGUGGCUGGAGGUGUUCUGCGAGCAGGAAGAAAAGUGGGUGUGUGUGGACUGUGUGCACGGUGUGGUUGGCCAGGCGGUGGCCUGUUACAAGUACGCCAGCAAACCCAUGACUUAUGUGGUGGGCAUCGACAGUGAUGGCUGGGUCCGGGAUGUCACCCAGAGGUACGACCCAGCCUGGAUGACCACUACCCGCAAGUUCCGAGUCGACGCCAAGUGGUGGGCUGAAACCCUGAGACCGUACCAGAGCCCACUGGUGGAGAGGGAGAAGAAGGAGGACUCAGAGUUUCAGGCAAAGCACCUGGGCCAGCCUUUGCCAACUGUCAUUGGCACGUACAAGAACCACCCUCUGUACGCCCUGAAGAGGCAUCUCCUGAAGUACGAGGCCAUCUACCCCGAGACAGCCGCCAUUCUUGGGUACUGUCGUGGAGAGGCUGUCUACUCCAGGGAUUGCGUGCAUACCCUGCACUCCCGGGACACGUGGCUGAAACAGGCGAGAGUGGUGAGGCUGGGAGAAGUGCCCUACAAGAUGGUGAAGGGCUAUUCCAACCGGGCCCGGAAAGCCCGCCUCGCCGAGCCCCAGCUGCAGGACCAAAAUGACCUGGGCCUGUUUGGCAGGUGGCAGACGGAGGAGUACCAGCCGCCCGUGGCUGUGGAUGGCAAGGUCCCCCGGAAUGAAUUUGGGAAUGUGUACCUCUUCCUGCCCAGCAUGAUGCCAGUCGGCUGUGUCCAGCUGAACCUGCCCAACCUGCACCGCAUAGCCCGCAAGCUGGGUAUCGACUGUGUGCAGGCCGUCACUGGCUUCGACUUCCAUAAGGGCUACUCCCAUCCCAUAACUGACGGGUACAUCGUCUGUGAGGAAUACAAAGACGUGCUCCUGGCUGCCUGGGAAAAUGAGCAGGCGCUCAUUGAAAAGAAGGAGAAGGAGAAAAGGGAGAAGCGGGCCCUGGGGAGCUGGAAGCUGCUGGUCAGAGGACUGCUCAUCCGGGAGAGGCUGAAGCUCCGCUACGGGGACAAGAGUGAGGCUGCAGCUGCCCAAGCACACGUGGGAGGCGGACUCUCUUCUGACGAGGAGGAGGGGACCAGCUCUCAGGCCCAGGCGUCCAGGAUCCUGGCUGCCUCCUGGCCCCAAAACCGAGAGGCUGAGGCAGAGCAGAAGCCCCAGAGCCCCAAGAAGACCAAGAGGGAGCGGAGGGCGGCGGCCUCCCACCUAUUCCCAUUUGAGAGGCUGUGACCCUCCCACCUAUUCCCAUUUGAGAGGCUGUGACACACCCAGGCCCUGCGCCUACCUGGGGGCAUCUCCUCUGCGAAGGCACAGAAGCAGCACUGCAGGCAAGGGCCAGGGACAGAUGCUCGAGCUCAGGUGUCUGGUCAGAGUCCCUGAGGACUUUCUGCACCCUCGCUCUGCGCCUGGAGCUCCAAGGCACUUCCCGAGAGCCUCCCCCACCCAGGCAUCACUCAGCGCAGCUCCGGAAAUGUGAUACCCUUGUUUUACAGCAACCACUGGGUGAUUCCAGAACGUACUGGCCCUUUCUUCUGGGUGGGUUUCUUGUGACCCCCGUGCCGUGCUUUUGGCAUCUUUCAGACCUGGGACCCAUUCUCUACAGGCACUCACCUUCCCUCCAUCAGGUUGGCUACCACUUCCUACAGCCA